GCCAAGGCCAUCCACCACCACCUUCCGGUCACUGCCUGCUUUCGAUCCUCACGGCGAGUGCUUCCUCUCUCCUGCCAUUCUCCUCCUCCUCGCUCCUCCUUAUCCCUCCUCCUCUUUCUAGUCCCUCCUCCUCCCGCCCAGCCUCCCCACGUCCCGACCCGCGCGAGCUAGACGUCUGGGCAGCCCCAGCGCAGCGCGCAGCAGCCUUCCUUUGCUUCCUGCACAGUGCGCUCGCCCCGGGCCAGGGCGUCUGGAACGUGUCCCAGAGGACACGGCCUCCCAGACCGCCGAAGCCGGGUCACCUGGACGCGCGCCUGAGUCCGGGUCGCGUCGUUGCGUACGCAGUCACCGCGCAGACCGUGGAACUCCGUCUGUCUCGGAUUAAUCCCGGAGAGCCGAAACCAGCCUCUCCUGGGCAGAGAUGGGACCCUCGGGGACCACGGGAACCGCGCUGCUAUUGCUACUGGCCUCGCUCUGCGCCGCAGGUGGGGCCCUGGAGGAAAAGAAAGUUUGCCAAGGCACAAGUAACAGGCUCACUCAACUGGGCACUUUUGAAGACCAUUUCCUGAGCCUGCAGAGGAUGUUCAACAACUGUGAAGUGGUCCUUGGGAACCUGGAAAUUACCUACGUGCAAAGGAAUUAUGACCUUUCCUUCUUAAAGACCAUCCAGGAGGUGGCUGGCUAUGUGCUCAUUGCCCUCAACACUGUGGAGAAGAUCCCUCUGGAGAACCUGCAGAUCAUCAGGGGAAACACUCUCUAUGAAAACACCUAUGCCUUAGCUGUCCUGUCCAACUAUGGGACAAACAAAACUGGCCUUAGAGAACUGCCCAUGCGGAACUUACAGGAAAUCCUGACUGGUGCUGUGCGAUUCAGCAACAACCCCAUCCUCUGCUACGUGGAGACUAUCCAGUGGAAAGAUAUCGUCCACAAUGACUUUCUGAGUAACAUGUCAAUGGACUUACAGAACCAUCCAAGAAGCUGCCAAAAAUGUGAUCCGAGCUGUCCCAACGGAAGUUGCUGGGGAGGAGGAGAAGAGAACUGCCAGAAAUUGACCAAAAUCAUCUGUGCCCAGCAAUGUUCCCGGCGUUGCCGUGGCAGGUCCCCCAGUGACUGCUGCCACAACCAGUGUGCCGCUGGGUGUACAGGGCCCCGAGAGAGCGACUGUCUGGUCUGCCACAGGUUCCGAGACGAAGCCACAUGCAAAGACACCUGCCCACCGCUGAUGCUCUACAACCCCACCACAUAUCAGAUGGAUGUCAACCCUGAGGGGAAGUACAGCUUUGGUGCCACCUGUGUGAAGAAAUGCCCCCGAAACUAUGUGGUGACAGAUCAUGGCUCGUGUGUCCGGGCCUGUGGUCCUGACUACUACGAAGUGGAAGAAGAUGGCGCCCGCAAGUGUAAAAAGUGUGACGGGCCCUGUCGCAAAGUUUGUAACGGCAUAGGCAUUGGGGAAUUUAAAGACACGCUCUCCAUAAAUGCUACAAACAUCAAACACUUCAAAUACUGCACUUCCAUCAGUGGGGACCUUCACAUCCUGCCAGUGGCCUUUAAGGGGGAUUCCUACACACGUACUCCUCCUCUAGACCCACGAGAACUAGAUAUUCUAAGAACAGUAAAGGAAAUAACAGGGUUUUUGCUGAUUCAGGCUUGGCCUGAAAACUGGACGGACCUCCAUGCUUUUGAGAACCUAGAAAUAAUACGUGGCAGAACAAAGCAACAUGGUCAAUUUUCUCUUGCGGUUGUUGGUCUGAACAUAACAUCACUAGGAUUGCGCUCCCUCAAGGAAAUAAGUGAUGGGGAUGUGAUUAUUUCUGGAAACCAAAAUUUGUGCUAUGCAAAUACAAUAAACUGGAAAAAACUCUUUGGGACUUCCAACCAGAAAACCAAAAUCAUGAACAACAGAGCCGAGACUGACUGCAAGGACACAGGCCACGUCUGUAAUCCUUUAUGCUCCUCGGAAGGCUGCUGGGGCCCUUCACCCAGGGACUGUGUCUCCUGCCAGAACGUCAGCAGGGGCAGAGAGUGCGUGGAGAAGUGCAACAUCCUGGAGGGGGAGCCAAGGGAGUUUGUGGAGAAAUCCGAGUGCAUCCAGUGCCAUCCAGAAUGUCUGCCCCAGGACAUGAACAUCACCUGUACAGGCCGGGGGCCAGACAACUGCAUUAAGUGUGCCCACUACAUUGAUGGCCCGCACUGUGUCAAGACCUGCCCAGCUGGGAUCCUGGGGGAGAACAACACCCUGGUCUGGAAGUAUGCAGAUGCUGGUAACGUCUGCCACCUCUGCCAUCCAAACUGUACCUAUGGAUGUGCUGGGCCAGGUCUUCAAGGAUGUUCAUCAAGGCCCAGGAUCCCAUCCAUUGCCACGGGGAUUGUGGGUGGCCUCCUCUUCAUAGUGGUGGUGGCCCUUGGGAUUGGCCUGUUCAUGCGAAGGCGCCACAUUGUCCGAAAACGCACACUCCGCCGCCUGCUCCAGGAAAGAGAGCUUGUGGAACCUCUUACACCCAGUGGAGAAGCUCCCAACCAAGCCCUCCUGAGGAUCUUGAAGGAAACGGAAUUCAAAAAGAUCAAAGUUCUGGGUUCUGGAGCAUUUGGCACAGUAUAUAAGGGUCUCUGGAUUCCAGAAGGUGAGAAAGUCAAAAUUCCUGUGGCCAUCAAGGAGUUAAGAGAAGCCACAUCUCCAAAAGCCAACAAGGAAAUCCUUGACGAAGCCUAUGUGAUGGCCAGUGUGGACAACCCCCAUGUCUGCCGCCUCCUGGGCAUCUGCCUGACCUCCACCGUCCAGCUCAUCACACAGCUGAUGCCCUAUGGCUGCCUCCUGGACUAUGUCCGAGAGCACAAGGACAACAUCGGCUCCCAGUACCUACUCAACUGGUGUGUGCAGAUCGCAAAGGGCAUGAACUACCUGGAAGAUCGGCGCUUGGUGCACCGUGACUUGGCAGCUAGGAAUGUGCUGGUGAAGACACCACAGCAUGUCAAGAUCACAGAUUUUGGGCUGGCCAAACUGCUUGGUGCUGAAGAGAAAGAAUACCAUGCAGAGGGAGGCAAAGUACCUAUCAAAUGGAUGGCUUUGGAAUCAAUUUUACACCGAAUUUAUACACACCAAAGUGAUGUCUGGAGCUAUGGAGUCACUGUGUGGGAACUGAUGACCUUUGGGUCCAAGCCUUAUGAUGGAAUCCCUGCAAGUGAGAUCUCGUCCAUCCUAGAGAAAGGAGAGCGCCUUCCACAGCCACCUAUCUGCACCAUCGAUGUCUACAUGAUCAUGGUCAAGUGCUGGAUGAUAGAUGCCGAUAGCCGCCCAAAGUUCCGGGAGUUGAUUGUUGAAUUCUCCAAAAUGGCCCGAGACCCCCAGCGCUACCUUGUUAUCCAGGGGGAUGAAAGAAUGCAUUUGCCGAGCCCUACAGACUCCAAUUUUUACCGAGCCCUGAUGGAUGAAGAGGACAUGGAAGACGUGGUUGAUGCUGACGAGUACCUGAUCCCACAGCAAGGCUUCUUCAGCAGCCCGUCCACAUCUCGGACUCCCCUCUUGAGUUCUCUGAGUGCAAACAGCAACAGUUCCACUGUGGCUUGCAUUAACAGAAAUGGGCAGAGCUGUCGUCUCAAGGAAGACAGCUUCUUGCAGCGGUACAGCUCCGACCCGACUGGUGCCUUAAAUGAGGACAGCAUAGACGACACAUUCCUCCCUGUGCCUGAAUAUAUAAACCAAUCUGUCCCCAAAAGGCCAGCAGGCUCUGUGCAGAACCCUGUCUAUCACAAUCAGCCCCUGCAUCCAGCUGCUGGCAGAGACCUGCAUUAUCAAAAUCCCCAUAGCAAUGCAGUGGGCAACCCUGAGUAUCUCAACACUGCCCAGCCUCCCUGUGUCAGUGGUGGCUUUGCCAGCACUGCCCUCUGGGUUCCAAAAGGCAGCCACCAAAUGAGCCUGGACAACCCCGAUUACCAACAGGACUUCUUUCCCCAGGAAGCCAAGCCUAACGGCAUCUUUAAGGGUCCCACAGCUGAAAAUGCAGAAUACCUACAGGCAGCACCACCGAGCAGCGAGUUUAUUGGAGCCUGACGCGGAGGGAUGUCAUACCAGCUAUAAAAUUUCCAGACUUUGCAGCAGCCCAGGACCAAGCCGCAGCAGCACCUCCACUCCCGACAGCCAUGCCCAUCUUGUGCCAAACGUCAGGCCCUCAGACUGGUUUAAAACUGUAACUUUGAUGGGCUUUGCCUUUGACCCAAGACGUGAGUGCCUCCUCUGACAUACUUUGGGAAGUUGAAGAUACAUUUUUUGAUCUUCAAACUGGGAAGAGUCUACAAAAAAAAAAAAGGCAUCCAUCAAGAAUGUUGUCCAUGGGAACAGAAGUUUACUUCAUGGUGAGGUGCAUGGGGGGAAAAACACACAUAAGGAGAUUUGCUGCAUAGGGACCGGCAUUGGGUUUUCACUUUCUUUACCGAUUUGAUUCGUGGGCUCUUCCAAGAAGGAAGAAGCUUGUUUGUGGUAUGUAUUACACAGAGUUGCCUGGGGCCAACUGUGACCGGACAGUUGGUUCCACCAGCUCUGCUUCAAGACACUUCUGUGGCAAGACAACUAGAUACACUAAAAGCCCUGCAUGCCCUGAGCAGGCCACAUGUGUACAGCGUGAAACCAUGGCUGGUACGAUAGGAUAAGCCACUCUGUUACUCACCGAGCGGGGCUGGGAGAAGAAGGAUGAAGGGGUAGAGUUUUCCCUCCGACUUACUUUUGUACAAAUAUGUCCCUGGUACUCAACCCACACUCUUUACUUACCAGUGUUUUCUGACUCUUAGAAUUCCUUGUAUGUUUUCCGUUUCAUUGUUUUGAAUUGUAAUAUGCUUUCCCAUCUUGAUGUCAUAAAGUCAGCAAAAAAAAAAAAAACAGUAUUAUCAAAGAACAACCAUGAUGCCACAUUUGAACCAUCAGUGUUCUACCCAAAAGCCUUUAAUCAAGAUGGGGUGACAAUGCAAAAGUUCAGAGGAAUAUAACCCAAAAUUUUAGUCUCGGCGUCGUGUCUGUUGAGACAUGGAUCAGGAGACCACAAAAGUGAUGCAGCUCUUCAAAUCCACUUUGCCUUCACCCCCUCUAGACCUCAAAAUUAGUAUAAAACACCCAUGGAGAAUAAUCUUUUGUUCAUUUUUAUAAGCGUUUACUGGAGAUAUAUUUUCCUCCCUGGUAAGUAAGCUGCCACCAAAAUUUUCUUUCCCUUUGAGAGAAAAUGAUCUAGGCUACUGUGUAAUAAGUGACAGUCCAUGAUAAGCACCAUAUGCAAGUUCCAAGAGAAAGAAUGUUGAGAAUCAAGUGGAACUCAGGUGAUAAGCGUGCAACCUGAGUUGGGAAGUAACAACAAUGCUUCCAUGGAUGCUUUUCGGAAGAAAUCAUCCCCAAGUAACCCCACUGUCAUCGGUGCCUCCGGCUACUCAAGGUCUCAGUGCUUGUUCUUAUUUUGCUCAUCCUUGCAGCCCGAUGAGUUAAGAGCUGUCUUUGGUAAAACAAUAUUUUAAUGCUCCUGGUAUCCAUCUCUUCCCAUUUAUCAAGAGGUGGGUAGAAGUGGACUUACAAACACUAACCAUAAGGCAAAAAAAGUGAAUGCCAAGUACGUUAUAUCAGCCAGGCACCAAGAGCACAGAGCAGGGACGAUCUAGAAAGUUCACAAAGGAAAUAAUAUUGCCCAUUGUCCUCUGAGAUUAAAAAGGUCUUAAACACCAGGGAAUGGAAAGUGUGUUUCCUUAGAGAAUUCAACCGAGAGAGCAAUGACAGAGAACUCUACUAGUAAGUCAGGUGCAAGGCCAAGUCAGUCAUCCUGCUGCUCCGUCAAGCCUGGUAAUGAGGCUUGCAGCAUCCUCUGAGUUUCCUAACUGUUGUCCACUUCUGGCAAUGUCAGGCUGUCAUCUACAAAAAUAAGUAGUUAGAAAAUUAAGCAACAUUUCUAGAGAUUGAAAUUCCAAGCCAUUGUCAGGAAACGUCACAUUGAUCGUUUAUCCACCGAGAAUGCAGAGGAAACAUUUAGGCAGGUGUUUGUUCAAAAUUGGAAUUCAAAAUGACCCUGUCACUUGUCGGGGCAGGUGAUUGGUGAGGGAAAGCAGUAGAAAGCCAGUCAAACUGUAGCAAUGAAAUCUUAGUAUUUUUGUACUUUGAAACACUUUUCUUAUAACAAAAUAAAGUAGCAAAAACUA